AUGGAAACGGUAGACAAGUUUGUACUGCAGCAAAAGGAGCCAAACAUCAAAGGCGCAAGCCGUCGAACUACCGGGCAAACGGAACACGAUGACGAUGGAAUUCUUAAGGACUACCUUCGCCACAGCUCGUUCCCGAUUGUCCGUUACGUGUUGGGAUCGGAUUUGCGUGUUACGCUCAAGGUGUUCUGGCUCGUUGUGGUGGUGUGCUUGGUAGGAGUGUUCGGUUUUACGGUGGUGGUUAACUAUGAGAGGCUUCAGGAUCCUUCUAACGUGUAUCUGGCGGAGGCGGAAAAGGCUCUACCUAUGUGGAGUGUACCAUUUCCUGCGGUUACUCUGUGUCCAAGCAAGGGCAGAUGCGUCAGUGAGUCGUUGCGGUUGGAGCAAUUCUGUGAGAUGAUUUGUUGGCAGGAUGUGUGCUGGAAUGAGUGUGAUAAGCUGCUGGACGCAGUGCGCACGGAGCGAGGCAUCUGCUACACGUUCAACGCAGUUGCAGGAGAGCGAAUCUUCAAGGCGAACAACUUGGUCAACGUGAAGGAACUCUCAAACGCAUCAAGACCAACCGAAAACUGGGACUUUCUUCGAGGGUUACAAAUCAUUACUAGCGUGCUGGUGAAACAGUAUCCCCGUGCAGCACAAGACAUGUCCGGCCGGUAUCGUCUGAAGAUCACGAUCUCCAACGAGCAGAACGAAACGCUUUCCGAUUGUGCCACACCAUCGCUAGAAGCUUUCGUUCAUUCGCCGAUCGAUUUUCCGUACAAACCAGUAAACCCUACUGUGAUCCCACUCGGCUCCGUAGUGCAGUUACGAGUUUUUCCCAAACUUGUGCGAUCACAGCGCUACCUCCGCUACUUUACCUCACCAACUACGGGCUGUACAUCGCAGGUACAGAAUCCACUUAAACUGUUUUCCAUCUACACGCAGAGCAAUUGUGAGAUGGAGUGUCAUACGCAGUACUUCCUGGACAAGAGAGGUUGCGUGCUGGAUCACAUGCCCCGGAGUCAUGCGAUGAAUCUCUGCAACAGUACCACCAACUUUCGACCGUACGAUGUGCUGGAUAAGAUCGUUGGAGGACAGUUGCGGGCAGAAAAUAUCCCCAGGUCACAGUUCUUCCAGCGGCUAUGUAACUGUUUGCCUGCUUGUGUGGAUUUUCGGUACAGAGCGGAAGCUAGCUCGUACACGGUCGCUGUCGAACCGUGGUCAAUGGAUUCGAACGUUACGGAAGGUUUAACCUCUCAGCUGGUAGUAGAAUUUGCCGAGGAUCACUUCUAUCCGCUUGUGCGAAGUGUUCGGUACAGUGUGCUAGAUUUUGUGGGCGAUUUCGGAGGGCUGAUAGCGCUGUUUUUGGGUAUCUCGAUUGUAUCGCUUGUAGAGGUGUUCUUCUUUUGUUUCCUCAAACCAGCAGUUGUGAGAUAA